AUGAAUCAUUGUGAUCCAUUAGAUUAUGGUAAUGAUGAUAUCUCCUACUAUGUUGUAUCUGCUUUGGGCGAAAGAUGUUAUGCGAAAUCAAUAAUCAUUCCGACUAUCCUUAUCUAUAGUGUUAUAUUCAUAAUUGGUAUUGUGGGCAACAUAUGCACAUGUAUUGUUAUAUUAUCUAAUAAAUCAAUGCAAAAUCCUACAAAUAGUUAUUUAUUGAGUUUGGCCAUUUCGGAUAUUCUCGUCUUGCUUCUAGGAUUGCCAAUGGAGUUGUAUGGUGUAUUGGAUUAUGCUUAUCCAUAUACAUUUCCAAAUGUUAUAUGUAAAGCUCGAGCAUUUUUGAUUGAAUUUACGAGUUAUGCUUCAAUUCUUGUUAUAUUUUCAUUUUCUGUUGAAAGAUGGUUAGCUAUAUGUUAUCCAUUACAAGUCAAAAUCUUUUCUACCGUAUCCAGAGCAUAUGCUGUAAUCAUUGCUGCAUGGAUUAUAUCAUUUAUAGCAGCUUUACCUAUGGCUUUCAUUGUUAAGAUCAAUCGAUUAGCUUUACCAGAAUACUUUGCAUCAUCUAAUUGGACAUCAAGUGUUUCUACCGAUGGCCUAACUAUCGAUAGAACGGAAUUCUGCAGCAUGGAUGUCACAAUGCUGGAUGAGCAAAGCAGUUUGAUAUACUUUGCAUUCUUCUUCUUCUUUCUGCUACCAGCUUUAUUAAUAAUAAUAAUGUAUGGUCACAUUGCCCUUCGGUUGAAAGCUGCUGAUCAGUGUUUGUCGAAAGAGAGCUCAUCCAAUGAGCGUCGAAGUCGCUCAACCAGGAACGUCAUCAAGAUGCUGGUAUCGGUCGUUGUGACAUUCUUCUUAUGCUGGCUUCCAUUUCAUCUUCAACGUUUGUUAUCCAUCUUCAUGAACUUUCAUCAAGGUAAUGUAUCACCGGCAGUUCAGUUCAUCUUCACUCUUGUCUUCUACAUAUCAGGAUAUUGCUAUUAUUCAAAUUCAGCAUGUAAUCCCAUCUUGUAUAACAUUUUGUCGGAAAAGUAUCGAAGUGCUUUCUGUGAGACUAUUUUAGGAAAAAAUUUGACAAAAAAACUUUUUCCGCGAUGGUUUGAACGUCAGAAAGCUCGAAGUAAAGUACUACUUGAUUCAUCAUCAUAUGCCCAUAAGGUAUCUGUGACAGCAUCCAAAGAGACUUUCAUUUCAUCAAAGCCGCAUCGUUCAAAGCCUGUACCUCUCUGA